CUGCGGGAGCUGCGCCGCGCCCGGCGCCAGGACAUUGAUGAUGUUGGGCACAAGUAUUACCUGGAACUGGAGCUGGAAGAUGUCCUGGACAACGACAGGACUGUGAGCUGCACUGCUGAGGUUCUGUAUCACCUGGGCAGCAAAACCUCUGCUCCAGAUGUGCAGGUCACAGUGCAAGGAGAGCUCAGGAGCACAGAGGAAGCAGAUAAGGAAUUCUACAAUCGCAUCAGGAGCCUGGAAAAGGAGCUUGUGGCCGAGAACAUCCCAGACAGCCACGGGAACGUUCCCCCAGAGCUGGAGCCCAUCCACCUGCUGGCCUGGGUGGCCUCUGGCUACGUGAUCUGGCAGAAUUCCACUGAGAACACCAAGCUCCACCUUGCCCAAGUUAAACACGUGAAGCAAGUGAAAAGAAGUGAUGAAGAUCUUCAGUUUGACUAUGUGGUUCUACUCCACGAAAUGGUGUCCCAGGAGGUGCUGCCCUGGGAGGUGAGCGUGCUGUGGCACCCCCAGCGCGGGGCCCGCGUGUCGCGCUGCCACGGCCCCGGAGCAGCCCGGGAGGAGCACACAGGCCACGGCAGCACGGAUCACCCACGGUGCCAGACAUGAAAUCACCCCUUCCUGAUCCCAGAAUUCCAAAGGAACCCCCUCUGAGUGGAUCAACGUGACAAUUCCCAGCAGGAAUACUCACGGCACAG